GGUGUGUGGCUAACAAGCUAGAGGGGGGGAGGCUGCUUCUCAGCCUCCUAGAAAUGUAGCAGAGACAGGAGACAAUCCUUGGGCAGCAGCUGCUUGUACAUUUCAAUGGUUGCUAAUUCAGAGGCCCCCUGGUAGCCAAGCCACCAACUUUCUGCCAUCCUGCCCUGGGCGCUGGGACUUUUCUUUUUGUCACUUGCAAGCCCAACCGGCCGGUGUCCUGGAUUGCUGGGGGGGACAGGGGGGGAAGAAGAGAGCCCUCUCCCAGCACUGCUCGGCUGCCCAGCCCCUCCAGCGUCUGGAAAGAGAAAAGAUCCGCUUCUCGCUUUCUCUGCUCCUUGCAGGACUUUGGGGGUCAUUGAUGCACCCAUUUCAGUGGUGUAACGGAUGCUUCUGUGGUUUGGGGCUGAUUUAUACCAAUAAAUCGUGUACGAUGCCUCCCAUCACCUUCCAGGACCUCCCGCUGAAUAUCUACAUGGUCAUUUUCGGCACCGGCAUCUUUGUCUUUGUCCUUAGCCUCAUCUUCUGCUGCUACUUCAUCAGCAAACUUCGGCAUCAGGCACAGAGUGAAAGAUUUGGAUACAAGGAGGUGGUUUUGAAAGGGGAUGCCAGGAAGUUAAAUUUGCACGGGCAGACCUGUGCCGUCUGCCUGGAAGACUUCAAAGUGAAAGAUGAGCUGGGAGUGUUGCCAUGCCAACAUGCCUUCCACAGAAAGUGUCUAGUGAAAUGGCUGGAG